AGCAAAAGGCACGAGCGGCCUCAGCAAGAACAGAGGAACACACGCAGAAACACAGCAGGCGGUAGAACCAAAGGCGCAGUCAUGGCAAAUGGGAGUGCAGAGCAGCUUCACCCGCUCCAGAACACGUGGUGUAUUUGGGAACACAAGGUGGCAAAGUCCAGCGCGGACUGGGGAGACAGCAUGCAGAGCCUUGCGGAGUUCUCGACCGUGGAGGAUUUUUGGAAGGUGUACAACAAUGUCCCCAAGCCCAGCCAGAAGGUCGGAGACCGAGUGAUCGACUCGUACAGCAUCUUCAAGAAGGGCAUCAAGCCCGAGUGGGAGGCUCCGGAGAACAGCCAGGGGGGGGAGUGGCAGAGCCGGAGCAAGAUGACCCCCCAGGCGCUCGACCUUUUCUGGGAGAAUAUGGUGUUGGGGCUGGUUGGGGAAACGAUCGACGUGGGGGACGAGAUCUGCGGGGCAAGGGUGGUGGACAAGAGCAAGAACAACCAUAACGUGUACCGUUUCGAGCUGUGGCUGAGGAGUAACGACAGCAACACCGCGGCCAGACUACUGGAACGCCUACGGGCAUGUCUGGCGGACAGGAACUUGCACGAGAAGUUCAUGCCUAGCUUCGACUGGAAGGCACACGGGGGGCGGUGAUUAUCGCAGGCGGAAAAUGGAAGAUUUGACGGCAAUUAUUUUAGGGGGGCCGGGCAGCAUUUAAAUGGGGUCCCUGAAAAUGUUGUGUGGCGUGGUGAAGGAAUGUAGGGAGAUAGGUCCCUGCGGCAUAAACAAGUUAUGACCGGACCCGAGCACGACGGGAAGAGUGGCGUCACCCCCCUAGCCUAGCAAUGAUCUGCAGCACCCCCGUGAGGAGGAUGGUGAAGCUUCUCUUGUCGCCAAAGUCUUGCUGUUGUAGUAUAUGGGGAGCGCUUUCAAGGAAGUCCUCACAAGUUUCACUCUUGCCUGGGUGGAGCCAGUUCCACACGUCCUGCGUACUGUAGUAGGGAAGGGCGGUCGUUUGUGUAGCCGAUUGGAGUACAGAUAGUGCAACCGUACCUAGGUUGUCCUGAGGUUCUUUGUUUUUCAUAUCAUGGGGGUAACUGAGUUUCAUCCAAUUUUGACUAGCACUGAUUCUGAGAAAGACACCGGCGAGGUCCUGCGUGGUUGCGUGAUCCUCACCCAUGGGUUUGAACUCGGGCAGUAACGCGCGCGAGUCGUUGUGUUUGUGGAAGCCGCGGCCCACUGUGGAGAGACUGUCUGCAAACAAUUCCCGUGCACACAUGCUGCUUAUUGAUCCAUGACUAGAGAGCUGUGUUCCUCUCUCACAGGGAAUGGAAGGCACCCCAAGGGUGGAGUAGGGCCAUGUGCUUCACAAAUAAACGACGACCCUCGCCCAAAAUGACCGUGGAAGAGGCGAAC